AUACACUAAAAUGAAGACAGCUACCAACAUCUACAUCUUCAACCUGGCKCUKGCAGAYACYUUGGUCACCAGCACGCUUCCGUUCCAGAGUGUCAACUAUCUGAUGGGCACCUGGCCCUUUGGCGACGUCCUGUGCAAGAUGGUGAUGUCCAUCGACUACUACAACAUGUUCACCUCCAUCUUCACCCUCACCACCAUGAGCAUCGACCGCUACGUCGCCGUCUGCCACCCCGUCAAGGCGCUGGAUUUCAGGACGCCGCGCAACGCCAAGAUUGUCAACGUGUGCAACUGGAUUCUCUCCUCGGCUAUCGGGCUGCCGGUCAUGUUCAUGGCCUCCACCGCUGUGACUCAUCCGCUAGUCUGAACCCGGUUCUUUACGGUUACCUGGAUGAGAACUUCAAGCGUUGUUUCCGUGAGUUCUGCACCCCGAGUCCUUCAGUGCUGGAGACCCAGAACUCCUCCAGAACCGGAGCCACCAGCCGUAAAGUCCCACAGCGAGAACACAACACUGCAAACACGGGCGAAAGGUCCAAUCAGCAGGUAUGACUAGCCUUGGAGGGGUCGUCGGCGGACGCUCGCUGUUGUGGUGGCGUCACCAACGACGAUCUCAACUCAGAACUGACGCAGGUCACCACGGGGCUUUAAUCUCAUGCACAGGAACCACACGAGCACAAACCCAGAACCCGGCCAGAAGCUGAGCAGCACGGACCGCUUCACUUGCACCGAGUCAGGCUGUGGACCCGUUGCUGCUCAUGUGGCUACACAGAUCUUUGGUUUUUAAACUCAUCCAAGCAGCAARAUCAGUGAAAUAAAUCUGCUUUAAACAUUACGAAUAUCACGGUCCAGUUUAGCAAUUUUGAGUUUUAAUUUCAUUUCAUGUGCUCUGUGUAGAGAGAAACAUUCACCAGUAAGUAGACAGAYGACAAACCACUUUAGUGUAGUGAAAUAUUUUAUUUACUUUGCCUUAGUUAUCUCCUACAUGUUUAAGACAAACCUGUUAAUUGUUCGUAUGCCUUCACGCCACUCUGCCACAGUUCCUCAGGAUGUCUCCUGAGAGAAGUACUUUUACUUGUCAGAAAAACAACGGGAGUCACGGGGAAUGUGGAUUUACAGUUGUUACAGCUCAAAAGGUCCGUGGCUUUCUGCCCGCGUGAAGACUCCGCUGAAUAGAAGGUGUAAUUCGGAGUCAUUUGCCCCCGCUGUGUUUUUCAAUCUGUCUGAGUCGGAACGCAGCGGGGGGUCGACGCUAACGGUUAGCACCAAUCUCCGAGCUACGCGACGCCACRCUGGCCGCAGCAUUUUUCAGGAUUACGAAAAGUGUCGCCUUUACGGGUUGUGUUCUUUUCAUCAAUGAAGUUCCUGUUUCCUCACUUCACUUUAGACUUUACCUUAAUCAGCCAAUCAAACUUGAUUUGGAUGAAACUUUUCAUAAAACAGAAAUCUUUUAAGUUUUGUUUUUAAGAAAAAAAAGGGAGCGAUAUGUUUCUUAUUUUCACAAAAGCUGACAAACUUCUGAAUGUACAGCAGGAAAUGAUUUGCGUUUGUUACAGUAGAUCUUUGUGCCAAACUGUGAAGGCUCUGCAGCAAUGACAGAAGACACCUCAGCCCGAUCGCAUGCUGUUGUAGGAGCAACCUCUUGUUGCUCAGUGAUUAACCACAGUCUAACAGCCAUUACAUGACAUUUAAUAGACUUAUUUUUCCUCUGGAGGAUUUAACAAGUGUGCCAAGUAGGAAUGGACAUCUGCUAUAAUCUUUAAAAUUGCUUGUACUUACAUGUUUGUUGUAUACUCUUUGUGCAAGAUGCCUUUUUUUGUUGUUGUUGUUGCUCUACACAAAUACGUGAUUCAGUAUUUUUUUAUAAUUCCCUAACUGUAUUUAUCUUAAACGUAUCUAUUGUGUUGCUUUUUAUACAAUAUAAAAAAAGAUUAUGAAAAUUGUUGCAAGUCGUUGCAGUAAGAUUUUACUAAUUCUGCUUUGUUAUCUAAACAGCUGUGUAUAAAUCUAUACGUAUAACUUUAAACGGUGCAUUUGAGAGAAUUUCACUUGCAUGUUUUGCUUUGUUCUUUAAGUGAAGAGUGAUGCCGCACUGAGCACACAAUGGGUCCAUUCUUAGUUGCGACGCUUUCAGACAAUUUUCCAAGAAUAAGCCGCUGAUUAUUGUUCUUUUCGAAUUUUGAAGCAGUCAGCUGCAGAAUAAAAAGAAAAGAAGCAAAGUUAUUGUUUUUUUUUAUAUAUGCUUUCAAGGUCCAAGAGUUGUCAAAUGCUGUGUGUCGUGUUACCGAAGUUUAUUUUGGUGCAAAUCCAUGCACUGCGUGUAAUGUCAAACAAGUAACGUGUGAGGACAAACGUCACUUUUUAUGUCAAUAGUGAACACAAAAAAAAGUCAUUUAAUCACUCGCUGGCUUACAUGCCACAGUUUUAAACUGAGAUGAACUUUUAUGAAAUGACGGAGCUAUGUAAAAUAACAUAACACACGAUCUACUAGAACUUGGACUAUGUGUUGAGAAUGACUGUCAGCUACUACCACACAAGUUUUAGCUCAUAGCCAUUUUGAUGUUAAAAUUAAUUGAGUUAACAUUAUUCAGUUGUAGAUCUGGUGAUUGUUUUUGGACUCCCAUUAAAGUUUGUUUGGUGAUUCAUGAGAAAUUGUGCCAAUAACACAGAUUAACACAAUCGUGUUUUUACCUUCGACAGAGAAAAUUACUGUUUUCAGUGUGAAAUCAAAAAAUGUGGAAAUGAUUGCAAGCCUGAUUGAACUUACUUUAUUGUUCAAAAGCAUUUUUUAACUUGUCAAUGUGAAAAGAGGAAAACAAAAAUGUUCGCUAACUUUCUGAAAAAAGACAUUACAUUGUUUUCUAACAUUUUUUAUCUUUGUAAUUGAAGAAAAAAAGCUGUGUCCUUCAGCACAGAUUCAUUACGUUUUACUGAACGGCUGCUUUAUUUUCUAAAAAGUCGUUGGGGUUUGAAUAUCACUGUUUGGUUAAGAGCAACAGAGUCAAGUGCCCAUAGCAGCAAGAAUGUAUAAUUUGUUAAACAUAAAAAGCUCAGAGAGCUUCUCUCUUGACUGAAAUAAGUGAUCAUUUUUCCAGAACACUUGAUCGGAUCUGUUCUGUGUUUCUGCACAACUUACCUGACCUCAUGCUUUUACAUAACACAAGAGCUAAACAAAGCAGCCAUGGCAAAGUGUUUGGAUCAGGAAGACAAAUGAAAAAUAAAGGAGCAACCAGUAAAUCGGGCAAAUACAUCGUAACGUUUUGUUUGAUCUCUUAUGUUGUGACAGUUAUUGUCUGAGAAAAACUCAAACAUCCAACAGGCCGGUUUCAUAAUUUUAUAAAUGAGUGUUCUUUGUUUUUUUCCUCUCCGUGCACAACCACAUUCACAAGAUAAGAGUUUUUUUUAAAACCACUUACACAAGAUUUUUUCCCACAAACAGCAGGAAAACACAUUUAGUCACGUAGACGCAACAACUGAGAGCGUGACAGGCAAAGCAAGAAGGAAAUGUGUGGCUGAGCAGUAGCAUGUGAUGACAGUAAUUUUGCUCUAUUUGCRUCUAUUUUUAAUGAGACAGAAAAUCAGGUUAUUAUUUGUUUAAAGGCACAGAGGGAAGCGUCUGGUGUCCCCGUCUGCGGUGUACGUUUUGCGUGGCGGGACUUCGAGUCAUGCUUAAGGCCRUGAGCGUGCAUGUUAUGUAAUUUAGUGUAAACUAAUAUUUCUCAGUUACGGUUCUGAAACACAGUACAUGUUGUGUUGAAGCUUUUGGUGUGUUGUUAAUGCCUUUUUUUCUUGCUUCAAAAUAAAAAGUGAAAAAAAAUCCU